GCACUUUGACACAUGUUAAGUAAACGGUGGCAAUAGUUUUGUACUGUGUUAGUAACUUGGGUGCUAUUGUGAAGCAAAAAUAAUUUUUUUUAUGAAAUAAAUUAAAUUAAAAUUUAUUUGCUCUAAAUUGUUCACAUUUUAAAUUCAAAAACAUUGAAACCGAAACUCAGCUUUAACGAACUGGCUGAUGCCGGUUUUUGGGCUUGUCACUCUGACGAAGCGCGAAAUACUUUAUAAAGUUGAGCUCCGCUGUCAAUAAUCGGUGUUUAAUGCGCUAUCGACGAUAUAUGACUUUCACAAAAUAAAGAUGGACGGCAUCGCACGAACACACGAAGAUAUCGAGGCGCAGAUUGCCGACAUACAAAGUAAGAAAAAGGAAUUGGCCGCAGCGCAGGCUAGUGAAAAAGGUGUUGGUUUGUUGGAGAGCGGCUACUAUGACAGUGAAUUGUACGACGAUGGCAGCAAUAAGAAUCGACGGUUCGAAGGUUAUAUGACUUCAAUUGCCGCCAAUGAUGAUGCCGAUGAGGAUGAUGAUGAAGGACUACCAAUUACCAAACGCACCACAUACACAGCACCCAAGAGCAUUCUUAAGGAUGUCAUCAAACAGGGUGAAAAAGAGGAACAAGAUCCAUUUGCCGAUCGUCGAAGACCAACGAUUGCCGACAGAGAAGAUGAAUACCGACAGAAACGGCGUCGUUUUGUCAUUUCCCCAGAGCGAGCUGAUCCAUUUGCUGACGGCGGCAAAACUCCAGAUAACAGAUCCAGAACAUACACACAGAUUAUGCAGGAGCAAAUGCUCCAAGGCGAAGAAUCAGAGUUGCGUAAAAAGAUUCAAGAGAAAUCAAAGGAUGGAACAUUGGUGAAAUCGUCCAAUGGCGAUGCAGUCAAAGCUGUAGAGCCACGUAAACGCGGAAGAUGGGACCAAACGAUAGAAGACCAAUUUGUACCGGCUAAAAAGGCGGCCGGUGCCGUCACUCCGACUUGGAAUGAUGUUGAGAAAACGCCUGCAUUCGGAGCUGAAGCUCAAACACCUGGAGCAACACCACGCACGCAGCGUCUUUGGGAUGCGACACCAGCUCAUCUUCCAUCGACGCCAGCACUGGAGACACCAUCCCAUGAGAAGAGUACACGACGAAAUCGUUGGGAUGAAACACCUCGAACCGAACGAGAGACACCCGGCCAUAAUUCCGGUUGGAUGGAAACUCCGAAAGCCGAUCGUGGUGUAGAAGAUCGAAUCAUCGAAUCGGCAACAGCAUCAAAGAGACGGUCACGUUGGGAUGAAACGCCAACAGCUGCAACACCAUCGAUGACUCCAAGUAUGGGUAUGGCAACACCGUCUAUGACUCCAUCGGCCACCCCAGGCCAUGCAACACCUUUGUUAACGCCUGGUGGAUCGACUCCAGUUGGAUUGAAAGCAGCAUUGUUAGCCACACCAACGCCAGGCGCCUUAGCUGCAAUGACACCAGAGCAAUUGCAAGCCUAUCGUUGGGAAAAAGAAAUUGACGAAAGAAAUCGACCAUUUACCGACGAUGAGCUUGAUGCAAUGUUUCCACCCGGAUACAAAGUAUUGCCACCACCUGCUGGCUAUGUACCACUUCGAACACCUGGUCGAAAGCUUCUCGCCACACCGACACCAAUGUCUGGUGCAACACCACACGGUUUCUUCAUUCAGCAAGAAGACAAACAGUCCAAAUUCAUGGAUAACCAACCAAAGGGUCAGAAUUUACCAUUCAUGAAACCGGAAGAUGCGCAAUACUUCGACAAACUGUUGCUCGACGUCGAUGAAGAGAACCUCAGUCCGGAGGAGCUAAAAGAGCGAAAAAUCAUGAAACUAUUGUUGAAAAUCAAAAAUGGCACGCCACCUAUGCGAAAAUCAGCAUUGCGUCAAAUCACUGAUAAGGCACGUGAAUUCGGUGCUGGCCCAUUGUUCAAUCAAAUUCUACCACUGCUCAUGAGUCCAACGCUUGAAGAUCAAGAACGUCACUUAUUGGUCAAGGUCAUCGAUCGUAUUCUCUACAAAUUAGACGAUUUGGUUCGGCCAUACGUGCACAAAAUUCUCGUCGUCAUCGAACCGUUGUUGAUCGACGAAGAUUACUAUGCCCGUGUCGAGGGUCGUGAGAUCAUUUCGAAUUUGGCAAAAGCAGCUGGUUUGGCCACUAUGAUUUCAACCAUGCGUCCCGAUAUCGACAACAUCGAUGAGUACGUACGAAAUACAACGGCUCGUGCAUUUGCGGUCGUUGCAUCCGCUUUGGGCAUUCCAUCACUAUUGCCCUUCCUCAAAGCCGUAUGCAAGAGUAAAAAAUCAUGGCAAGCCCGGCACACCGGUAUUAAAAUCGUUCAGCAAAUCGCUAUUUUAAUGGGUUGCGCCAUUUUGCCGCAUCUCAAGAGUUUGGUACAAAUUAUCGAACACGGAUUGGUCGACGAACAGCAAAAAGUGCGCACCAUCACUGCAUUGGCCAUUGCAGCACUCGCCGAAGCCGCCACACCGUAUGGUAUUGAAUCGUUCGAUUCCGUGUUGAAACCACUGUGGAAAGGUAUUCGAACACAUCGUGGCAAAGGUUUGGCUGCAUUCUUGAAAGCCAUCGGUUAUUUGAUCCCAUUGAUGGAUGCCGAAUACGCAAACUACUAUACCAGAGAAGUGAUGUUGAUUUUGAUUCGAGAGUUCCAGUCGCCCGACGAAGAAAUGAAGAAAAUCGUAUUGAAAGUCGUGAAGCAAUGUUGUGCAACGGAUGGUGUUGAACCGCAAUAUAUUAAAGAAGAGAUUUUACCGCAUUUCUUCAAACAUUUCUGGAACCAUCGUAUGGCGCUGGAUCGACGCAACUAUCGUCAAUUGGUCGAUACAACCGUUGAAAUUGCAAACAAAGUGGGUGCAUCGGAGAUCAUCAAUCGUGUGGUUGACGAUUUAAAAGACGAAAAUGAAACCUAUCGUAAGAUGGUAAUGGAAACCAUUGAAAAGAUUAUGGCCAAUUUGGGCGCGGCCGAUAUUGAUUCACAUCUUGAAGAAUUGCUUAUCGAUGGUAUACUGUAUGCGUUCCAAGAACAAACAACCGAAGAUGUUGUCAUGUUGAAUGGCUUUGGUACCAUUGUAAAUCAAUUGGGAAAACGUGUCAAACCGUAUUUGCCGCAAAUUUGCGGUACAAUUCUGUGGCGUUUGAACAAUAAAUCGGCAAAGGUGCGACAACAGGCGGCUGAUUUAAUUUCACGCAUUGCCGUUGUUAUGAAAACGUGUCAGGAGGAGAAAUUGAUGGGUCAUUUGGGUGUUGUAUUGUAUGAAUACCUUGGUGAAGAAUAUCCAGAAGUAUUAGGUUCGAUUUUGGGCGCUCUCAAAGCGAUUGUCAAUGUGAUUGGUAUGACAAAAAUGACGCCACCGAUUAAAGAUUUGCUACCUCGUCUAACGCCCAUUCUGAAGAAUCGUCACGAGAAGGUACAAGAGAACUGCAUCGAUUUGGUUGGUCGAAUCGCCGAUCGUGGACCUGAAUAUGUGUCGGCACGUGAAUGGAUGCGAAUUUGCUUUGAACUGUUGGAAUUGUUGAAAGCACACAAAAAAGCCAUCCGACGAGCCACCGUCAAUACAUUUGGUUAUAUUGCCAAGGCAAUCGGUCCACAUGAUGUGUUGGCCACGCUGUUGAACAAUUUAAAAGUUCAAGAACGUCAAAAUCGUGUUUGUACAACGGUUGCUAUAGCCAUUGUCGCCGAAACAUGUCGACCAUUCACCGUUUUGCCCGCUUUAAUGAACGAAUACCGUGUGCCGGAGCUCAACGUUCAGAACGGUGUACUGAAAUCAAUGUCAUUCUUGUUUGAGUACAUUGGAGAAAUGGGAAAGGAUUACAUUUAUUCCGUUUGCCCGCUGUUAGAGGACGCAUUGAUGGAUCGAGAUUUGGUUCAUCGACAAACCGCGUGUGCGGCCAUCAAACACAUGGCGCUGGGAGUCUAUGGAUUUGGAUGCGAAGAUGCAUUAACACAUUUGUUGAACUAUGUGUGGCCAAACAUUUUCGAAACCUCACCACAUUUAGUGCAAGCAUUCAUGGACGCUGUCGAUGGUCUCCGUGUUGCAAUUGGACCAAAUAAAAUUCUGCAGUACACUUUACAGGGCUUAUUCCAUCCGGCUCGAAAGGUGCGUGAUGUCUAUUGGAAGAUCUAUAAUUCACUUUACAUUGGGAGUCAAGAUGCUUUGGUCGCUGGAUAUCCAAGAAUCGCUAACGAUACCAAAAAUCAAUACGCCCGCUAUGAGCUUGAUUACGUGUUGUAAGCGCAAUUUUCUAGCCACACUGAAUUUGGAUUUAUAUCUCUAAGCCACGAUAUUUAAUACCAAAAUGGAUUUCUAUGUGUUGUCAAUGUUAAAGUGCAUCUUUUUUAAUUGCCGAAGAUCGAUCUACUGUUCAAAUUACAAACUUGACUACAACAAUUAGCCGUGUCACGUUUUCUUUCGUUUCUUUCGGAAUUUAACGAUUUAUCACACAACGGCAUGAAUUAUAUACAUGGAAUAAUUUGUCUUUUUUUUUAGUUAAGUUCAAAUAAAAUAAACCGCAUAAAUAAUAAGAACCAA